UCCCAUUUGGGCCCACCCACAGCCCAACUCGUAUCCUCCCAAUCCCCUCCGCUCCGCCGCCCGAACCCCAUCCCCUCCGCCACCCACGCGAGCUCGCUCCCCGCCGCUCUCCCGCUCCGGCCCUCACCGUCACCCCGAGCACUGUGCCCUCCCUCUGGUGGCCGCGACCCACGCCGCCCUUGCUGCUCGCUCCGCCCCCCGCCUCAUUCCCGCUAGCUUUGAACGGCGGCAUGAUCAGGUUGUGACUGGGGCAAUAGAUUGUGGUUCACGAGAGACGCGUGGCCGCAAUGGCUCUAACACUUCUCCGAGGGAUGAGGACACCGAUCUCAUUUAGAGCGAAUGCCGGCCUGUUCUUUACUGCUCUACGUCCUCCAUUGGCCCACUUCACGACCAGGGCGGAGAGUAUGCAGGCUACUGAGGCUAAAGUAGCGCCCAAGUCAAUUCAACUGGCCACCAAGGAAGCGGCAGAGCAGAAGACGCAAGGUUUUGAAGCGGUCAUUGGAAUUGAGACCCAUGUCCAGCUCUCAACUGUCACAAAGGCAUUUUGCUCCUGCCCUUACAACUAUGGCUCCCAGCCCAACAGCACUAUCUGCCCCACUUGCAUGGGCCACCCUGGGACGCUGCCGGUUCUGAAUGAGAAGGUCGUUGAGUGUGCCGUGAAGCUGGGCCUCGCUCUCAACUGCGAGAUCUCCAUGACAUCCAAGUUUGAUCGGAAACAGUAUUUCUACCCUGACCUCCCCAAGGGGUACCAGAUUUCGCAGUUUGACAUUCCCAUUGCCAAGAAGGGUUACGUUGAUUUGGAUCUUCCAAUGGAGUUUGGCGGUGGUCACCGGAAGUUUGGGAUCACAAGGGUCCAUAUGGAAGAAGAUGCUGGCAAGCUCCUUCAUUCUGAAUCCAGCAGUUACUCUCAGGUUGACCUAAACAGGGCUGGCGUACCUUUGCUUGAAAUUGUCUCAGAGCCAGACAUGAGAACAGGGAUAGAGGCUGCUGAGUAUGGUGCUGAGCUGCAAAGGAUUGUUAGGUACCUGGGAGUGAGUAAUGGUAACAUGCAGGAAGGUUCCCUUCGUUGUGAUGUGAAUGUUUCUAUUCGGCCAAUUGGACAAUCAGAAUUUGGUACAAAGGUAGAAAUAAAGAAUAUGAACUCAUUUUCUGCGAUAAAUAGGGCAAUCGAUUAUGAGAUCUCCCGGCAGAUUCUGCUUCAUAAAGAAGGCCAGGCUGAUCAAAUUGUACAAGAAACCCGUCUGUGGGAUGAAUCUUCUCAGAAAACUUUUACAAUGCGAAAAAAGGAGGGACUUGCCGACUAUAGAUAUUUUCCUGAGCCCGAUCUUCCUGAAGUUGUUCUCACUAGUGACUAUAUUGAUGAAAUUCGGAAGUCAAUGCCGGAGCUUCCAGAAGCAAAACGUAGACGUUACGAGAAUAUGGGACUCAGCAUGCAAGAUGUUCUGUUCCUUGCUAAUGAUGAUAAUGUUGCUCAUUUCUUUGAUUCUACUCUUGAGCAUGGUGCUGAUGCAAAGCUGGCUGCCAACUGGAUCAUGGGUGACAUUGCUGCUUAUCUGAAGAAUGAAAAGCUCUCCAUUGAUGAAAUUAAAUUAACACCUCUGGAGCUUUCUGAACUGAUCUCAUCCAUAAAGAAUGGAACUAUCAGUGGGAAGAUCGGCAAGGAGAUACUGGUUGAGCUCAUUGCCAAAGGCGGCACAGUUAAGGCUGUGAUAGAGGAGAAAGAUUUGGUUCAGAUAGCGGAUCCAGCAGCAAUCGAGGCAAUGGUAGACAAAGUACUUGCUGACAAUCCGAAGCAACUUGAGCAGUAUCGGGCCGGGAAAACUAAGCUGCAAGGUUUUUUUGCUGGCCAGGUGAUGAAAGCGUCGAAGGGUAAAGCCAAUCCUGUUUUGUUGAAUAAAAUCCUUGGAGAGAAGUUGAAGGCCAGUUAGUUUUUUGCCACAGCGCACUGAGAAUCUGAGGUAGUCCAUGAAGAGUGCAACAUCGGAUGAAAUCCCGGAGCCAUAUUUGUUGGCUAGGAAAGAGCCCUUAUUUGGGUUUGGAAGUUGCUAUCAUUACUCCAUCGAAUUUGGAAUGUGAUUACUUUUUUUUUUCUUUCUUAAUGUGAAUUUUGUAAAAGUUCAGUUCACAAUACAAAGAUCUUUGUACUCAAGCUGAUUUUGAAAGAGAAGCACAUUUGUAUUUUAUGCUA